AAGGGGAAAAAAAUUGGGUCGGGUCUUGGGGCAUCCAUCCAGCACCAAAACAUGGACCCCAAGAACCGCGUCUGAAUUCCCAUUUACACGUAUGAUGUAUCUUCCUAUUCUCCUUCAUCGCCACACUCCCUUCCCUCUCCGUCAUUCUCCACCCACACUAUAUAUAUUCUCCAUGAACCCCUCUAAGAAACUCAUUCUUUGAAUUCAUUGCUUAAUAUUCACUAGCACAUGUCUCAAAGGCCUACUGUUCCUCACUCUUCUUCCAUUGCUUUUUCCCUCCACUCCCAUCUUCUCGUCUCCAGUGACUUAACCCCUAACUGGCUUUAAAACUCUCCAAAAUCCUCCCCAAACAGAGCAAUUUUUGCUUCCUAUUCCUGAUAUUUCAUUCAUUCUUUUUCAAUAACAGCAGCAGCAAUUAAAAAAAGGGAGUAGUUACUUACGUACCAAAUCAUGGGUGCAAAAAGUUUUGUUGAAGGUGGUGUAGCAUCAAUAGUAGCUGGUUGCUCCACUCACCCUUUAGAUCUAAUAAAGGUCCGUAUGCAACUCCAAGGCGAGAACUUGCCAAAAUCGCAAGUCCACAACCUCCGUCCUGCUUUUGCUUUCAACUCCACAGCUUCCGCUGCCAUUCACGUCGCUUCUCCACCGCCACGCGUCGGUCCUGUCUCCGUUGGCAUCCGCAUUUUCCAAACAGAAGGUGUCGCCGCAUUGUUCUCCGGCGUUUCUGCCACUGUUCUCCGCCAAACACUUUACUCCACCACUCGUAUGGGGCUUUACGAUAUUCUCAAACAGAAAUGGACUCGACCAGAUACCGGAAACAUGCCGCUUGUUAGCAAAAUCACCGCCGGUUUAAUCGCCGGAGGAAUUGGCGCAGCCGUUGGAAACCCCGCCGACGUAGCUAUGGUGAGAAUGCAAGCCGACGGCCGUCUCCCUCCUGCUCAACGCCGUAACUAUAACGGCGUCCUUGACGCCAUUACACGAAUGUCAAAGCAAGAAGGAAUCACCAGCCUGUGGCGCGGGUCUUCCUUAACGGUGAACCGUGCGAUGAUCGUGACGGCGUCACAAUUGGCAUCGUACGAUCAGAUAAAAGAGGCGAUUCUGGAGAAGGGUGUGAUGAGAGACGGGCUAGGGACACACGUGACGGCGAGCUUUGCCGCAGGGUUUGUGGCGGCUGUGGCGUCAAAUCCUGUGGAUGUGAUAAAAACUAGGGUCAUGAAUAUGAAUGUGGAGGCAGGGAAGGCUGCCCCUUAUAAUGGAGCAAUUGACUGUGCUUUGAAGACGGUGAGAGCUGAAGGGCUAAUGGCUCUAUAUAAAGGGUUUAUCCCUACCAUUUCAAGACAGGGGCCUUUUACUGUAGUUCUUUUUGUCACACUUGAGCAAGUUAGGAAAUUGCUCAAGGAUUUUUAAUUUACGAUGAUGAUGAAAUUUUUUUAUUAUGAUUAAGAUUUUGAGAUGCAAUACAUAAAUUGUUUAAGGUCUUACUAUUUCAA